CACUCUGUUACCCAGGCUGGAGUGCAGUGGUGUGAUCUCGGCUCACUGUGCCUCAGCCUCCCGAGUAGCUGGGACUACAGGCGCCCGCCACCUUGCCCAGCUACUAGUUUUUGUAUUUUUAGUAGAGAUGGCAUUUCACCAUGUUGGCCAGGCUCGUCUGGAACUCCUGACCUCAGGUGA